AUGAUCGUAAUCAUGAUCCCUCGUGGCGUGCACGCCUACCAGACGCAUGUGCUUGCACCCGUCGUUACUGGUGCGCCUCUCAUGAAGAGAAAGUUUGGCGCAAUCGAUACUGCGGGUAGCCUCGGCAAUAUUACGAGCGGCGCUAACGGUGCAGACGCAGCGCCUCCACCAUCAAUCUUUACGCUGACAAAUGCUCAAGGCCAACGUAUCUGCCGCCAAUGCGGUACGCCAGGUCGUUACAAGGAGGGUAAAUGCGUCGAGAAAUGGGGUCCAGGGUCUCAAAGGCCUGGUACAGUAUGGAUUGCGCCGCAGUACAUUGGACUGGCGGCCAACUUCGCUAUUGCCCAACACGCAGCCACCCAGCAGCAGCCACCGAUGCAAUCUCAACCUCGCAUCAUCCAUUCACCACCCGAGCGCGGCAUCCACCGUACAGAUACUCUACCCAACACGCAGCACUCGCCAUACGCGCCCAGCGAGGAGUCGUCGCUGUGCCCCUCCCCCUCCCGCACUCGUCGUUCCGCCGCGGUGGUCCUGUCCCGCCGUCACCUCCGACCAUCGCGAUACUUCCACCAAGUUCAAACGCCGAGGCACCAGCGCCAGCGGGAGCUGCUGCCGCCCUUAGCGGCUGCGUCAUCGCGCGCCAACAGCCGAGCCAACUCGUGGAGCAGCGCAUGCCGUGCACGUCCCGCCGCGACGCCUAACCGGCCUGCGACGCCUGCUGACGCCGCUAGCAUUGGCACGUUGGCUGCGCUUGUAGCUGCCAGGAAGAAGUCGCUAAUAAUCGUCGAGGAUUUACAUGGGAACGUGCCCGCGUCGGCUGUGAGGAUGAAUGUUGAUGGAGAGAGUAACGAGACUGGCGACGCGGAUCGUGAGGCUGAGGGUGGCUGA